AUGAGAACCUAUCGCUCCGAGACUAUUCCUAUUCCACGGAACCAAAAUCUUACUGAACUUCUCCACGCAUCUAUUGACCCGAGCCUCCCAGACUCGCAUUUGGUAGCCAAAGAUAGUCUCACCAAUCGGAGUGUAACCAUUGGUGAAUUGCGAAUUCGCGUGGGAAGAAUUGCGAAAGGACUGGAAUCAUGCUUGAACCCACCAGAUCAGGCAAGAUGGGCCUUGAUCCUCCCUAAUAGCGUCGAGUAUCUGGAGAUUUUUCACUCCAUUCUUUGGACUGGCGGCGUGGUGUGCCCCAUCAACCACGCGUUGAAAUCAUCGGAAAUAGGCCAUGGUCUUGCAGUUUCACGCCCAUUGUAUGUCAUCGCCUACGGGAAGGCAAUCACUAUCGUCAAGCAGGCUAUAUCUCUAGCACAGGUGGAGCUCAAGGGCAUUGGAGUCAGUUGGGCAAAUCCCACGGUAUUCUCAGUGAUAUCUAGCGUUCCGGGCUUGAAGCACAUUCCGACAGAUUUUUGGGCAGAGAGCAGUCUUUCAAUCCCUCACUGGGAAGAUACCUCAACACGCCUCGCGUCUAUACACUUGAGUUCCGGGACUACUGGCAAGCCAAAAGGGGUGGAGCUGACACAUUACAAUUUUGUGUCUAACUGCUACCAGCUCAUUCACCAUGGUAGAGAUCAAUUCAACGCCAAGUCGACGACAGUAGCAUUCACCCCCUGGGCUCACAUAGCCAUGACCACGAUGCCUCUGUUUCUAGGUCCGUUCACAGGGAUGCUCCAUCAUGCUAUGCCUUCUUACAGCACGGAAGAUUUCGCGCGUCUAGUCGAGUCAAACAGAGCGACAAGUUUCCAAGGUGUCCCAAGCGUUGUUCUCACUCUGGCAAAUACGGAUGUGACGUCACGGUAUGACUUUUCCCAUGCAAGGAUGAUCAAUGUCGGAGGCGCACCGCUUAGGAAAGCGCUCAUCGAAAAACUGACAAAGAGAGCUCCAUGGCGUCUAAUUCAAGUGUACGGCAUGACAGAGGCCUCAGGUUAUGUUGCGUAUCAGAAAUUCAGCGAAAUCCUUCCGGACGGCGUUAUAGGACAUCUGUUACCUAAUAUCGAGGCUUGCUUAAAAAAAGAAGGUACCUCCGAUGAUGCAGAGGAAGGAGGCCCUGGAGAGCUCUGGCUUAGGGGUCCGAAUAUCACAAGAGGAUAUGCCUUCAAUUCAAAUGCUACCGAAAACGCAUUUCCCAUAGAGGGCUGGUAUAACACGGGCGACGUCUGUAUCAUUGAUAAAGAGGGGAGGAUAAGUGUGGUUGGAAGAAGCAAGGAGUUGAUCAAAUAUCAAGGCUUCCAAGUUUCCCCUGCAGAGCUAGAAGCCUUUCUAAACGCGCAUCCCAAUGUAGUUGAAGGCGGAGUAGGUGCUACGUGGGACGAGAGUCGACUAACUGAACUCCCAACAGCUUGGGUGGUAUUGAAGGAUAAGUUCAAGUCGGAUCAGGAGAUACUUCGCGCUUUGAAAGAAGUUCAUGUCACAAUAGAUGGUCAAGUUACCGGUUACAAGAAGUUGCGAGGUGGCGUAUGGCACAUACCUGCUCUGCCGAAGAACCCGACAGGCAAGAUUUUGAGAAAACAGAUGGUUCUCAUGAGAGGCGGACUGUGUUCGAUAAAAACUGACUUACGACCGAGACUAUAG